CCGAGCAUUUGAUAAAAAGAUGGCGUGAGCGCGGCGGAGCGGAGAGGACAACAAGCCAGCGACCGACAGACUGUCCCACCCGACCGCCAGGUAACCGCACCCCGCGGCAGGACUCCGUCUGUUUGACUCCGGGUGGACACUUCCGUCGCUUGACACGACAGCUCGCCGCCAUGUUGUGACACCUGCGGGGCCGUUUUACACGCUGGUUGUUUUCGAUUUGAAGCGCUAACUGCAGCGCUGCUAGCUGCUAACGUUGGCUAGCUACUGCGAUGACACUGCGCGAGAGCGGCAGCAACAACAACAACAACAACAGCCGUGGGAGCUGACGGACAGCUACCGUGAGACGGACCCGAGGAGGACACAAUGGAUCCUGGACAGGAUUUACUUCUCGCUGCUCUAAGUGAGAGUGGCAUUUGCCCAAAUGAUUUCGGCCUAUUUGAUGUUGAUUCUCAGGAUGUUGCGCAGCCCUCUACAACCCAGCAAUCUAUCUCCAUCAGUGCCCUGGAUGGUGGAGUGGGGACAGAGGGUGUGGAAUUUGUUCGAGCAGAGCCUCAAGCUCCAGUCCCUAUAGUUACUAUCAGGCACAAACCUCAGCCAUCAACCACCACGUUUGUCUUAAAUCAGCUGAAUCAGUUGCCAUCGCUAGGGGCUACUGUUACCAAGCAAUCAGUUUCAAACCCAAUCAAGCAUACAAUAACUGUCACCAAGGUGGUCCAUGUUGCUAAUUCAGCCCUACGAGGUUCAUCCACCAUCUCCCACACAACUGUUAAUCCUUCAGUGUCCAGAGUAGUGCCUUCUAACAGAGAUCAGCAAAUUCAGUUGAAAGACCUGCUUAGGACCGGUCAUGUGAAGAGCACUGGCCUGAAGGGAAACAGUUUGAUGGAGCUGAUGAAACUAAAGCCCCCACCUAACAUAGCUACACCAGUAGCAUCAGCCACCGGUCCAGGUGAAAUUAACAAUGGGAUCAAAAAGGAAGUCAUGGGUAGAGAUGCUGCCAGGAUCUGGAUUAGUGAUGACGUUAAAGUACACAACUUUUCACAAUCUCAAAAACUCCCAGGGAUGAGAGAAGAGGAGGAGCCUGAGGAGGAAGAGGAAGAUGAAUUGGGUCAUGCAGAAACAUAUGCCGAGUACAUGCCAAUGAAACUAAGAAUUGGCUUGCGGCAUCCCGAUCCUGUGGUGGAGACCAGCUCCUUGUCGAGUGUCAGCCCCCCAGAGGUGUGGUACAGGCUGUCCAUCCCAGAAGAAACCAUUGAUCGUGGCUGCCUGUCGGCUCUGCAGCUUGAAGCCGUCACAUAUGCAGCUCAGCAACACGAGACAUUCCUCCCCAAUGGUGACCGAGCUGCCUAUCUGAUUGGCGAUGGAGCUGGUGUUGGGAAAGGCCGCACCAUUGCAGGGAUCAUCUAUGAGAAUUACCUUCUUGGCCGGAAAAGAUCACUUUGGUUUAGUGUCUCUAAUGACCUGAAGUACGACGCUGAGCGGGACUUGAAGGAUAUUGGAGCAAAAAACAUUCAGGUUCAUUCACUGAACAAGUUCAAAUAUGGCAAAAUCUCCUCAAAACACAAUGGGAGUGUGAAGAAAGGUGUGAUCUUUGCCACCUACUCAUCCUUGAUAGGAGAGAGCCAAUCAGGAGGCAAAUACAAGACCCGAUUCCAACAGCUUCUCCACUGGUGUGGGGAGGACUUUGAUGGAGUUAUUGUCUAUGAUGAGUGUCACAAAGCCAAAAAUGUGUGUCCAAUCGGAUCGUCCAAACCUACAAAAACUGGGCUUGCAGUGUUGGAACUGCAGAACAAACUCCCCAAGGCUCGGGUUGUGUAUGCAAGUGCUACAGGUGCCUCUGAACCCCGGAACAUGGCCUACAUGAACCGACUGGGCAUCUGGGGGCACAAAACACCCUUCAGAGAAUUUGGCAACUUUAUCCAAGCUGUUGAGCGCAGAGGCGUUGGUGCCAUGGAGAUAGUAGCUAUGGACAUGAAACUGAGGGGGAUGUACAUUGCAAGGCAGUUGAGUUUUACAGGUGUAACUUUCAAGAUUGAGGAAGUUCCCUUGACUCAAAAAUACAUCAACAUGUACAACAAAUCUGUGAGGCUGUGGGUGAGUGCACGUGAGAAGUUCCAACAGGCUGCUAAUCUGAUGGAAGCAGAACAACGCAUGAGGAAGUCCAUGUGGGGCCAGUUCUGGUCUGCUCACCAGCGAUUCUUCAAGUAUCUCUGCAUCGCAUCCAAAGUCCGCAGAGUGGUGCAGCUUGCCAGAGAGGAGGUCCAAAAUGGAAAGUGUGUGGUGAUUGGUCUUCAGUCCACUGGUGAAGCAAGAACACUGGAGGCACUGGAGGAAGGAGGAGGAGAACUCAAUGACUUUGUGUCGACUGCAAAAGGAGUGUUGCAGUCCUUGAUUGAGAAGCACUUCCCAGCUCCAGACAGACAGAAGCUAUACAGCCUGCUAGGCAUUGACCUCCCAGCUAAGAAGCCCCCCACUCCCGCUGUCACUGCAGCAGAACCUGAACAGAAGGGCAAGAAAAGAAAAGGUUCAGAAGUAAAAAAGCAGCAGCAGAAAAAGAGGCAUCGCACGCAUGGUGGACUGUCGGGUACGAGUUCGGAGGAGAGCCAGUCUGAGAAUUCGGACGGAGAGUCUGGUAAAGACAGCGAUGACAGCUUCAAAUCUGUCAGCUCAGCAGAUGAAGACGAUGAUUUCAACCCAUUUAGAGACGAGUCUGAUGAUGAUGAUGAAGACGAUCCAUGGCUUAUCAGAAAAGAACCAAAGAAGGGUAAAGAAAAGAAGAAGAAAAAGAGAAAGAAGAGUAUUGAUCCAGACUCCAUUCAAAGUGCCUUGUUAGCCUCGGGGCUAGGCUCCACCAGACCUGCUUUCACUGCCUCCGUUAACAUCCCCAAAGCACCUGCCACAGUCAAGGCAGAGAGUCAUCAGGAUACCUGCCUAACAAGUCAGGACGCAGUGGAAAAUGCCCAGAUAAUGAAGAAAGAUCUGCUGGAAAAACUUGAGGAGCUGGCAGAGUUUCUACCUCCCAACACUCUAGAUGAGCUCAUAGAUGAACUUGGUGGACCCGAAAAUGUUGCUGAGAUGACCGGUCGUAAAGGUCGAGUGGUCAGUAAUGAUGAUGGCAGCAUCAGCUACCAGUCUCGCUCUGAGCUGGAUGUCCCAGUGGAAAUCCUCAACCUCACAGAGAAGCAGAGAUUCAUGGAUGGAGAGAAGAACAUAGCCAUCAUCUCAGAAGCUGCCAGCUCAGGUAUUUCCUUGCAGGCUGAUCGUCGAGUGAAGAACCAGCGGCGGAGAGUUCACAUGACACUAGAGCUUCCAUGGAGCGCAGACAGAGCUAUACAGCAGUUCGGGAGAACUCACAGGUCAAACCAGGUUACAGCUCCAGAAUAUGUCUUCCUCAUAUCGGAGCUUGCAGGGGAGCAGAGAUUUGCAUCCAUUGUUGCCAAAAGACUAGAAAGCCUGGGUGCUCUGACUCACGGAGACAGAAGAGCGACAGAAACCCGAGAUCUCAGCAGGUUCAAUUUUGACAACAAAUAUGGCAGAAGUGCUCUGGAAAUUGUGAUGAAGUCCAUUGUGAAACUGGAUUCUCCAUUAGUGUCUCCGCCCUCUAACUUUAAAGGUGAUUUUUUCAAAGAAAUUCAAGUCGGGCUAAUAGGGGUCGGACUCAUAAAUAUCGAGGACAGAUCCGGCACGCUGUCACUUGACAAAGACUACAACAACAUUGGCAAGUUCCUGAAUCGUAUUUUGGGCAUGGAAGUCCAGCAGCAGAACGCCUUGUUCCAGUACUUUUCUGACACACUUGCAGCAGUCAUUCAGGAAGCCAAGAAGAACGGCAGAUAUGACAUGGGCAUUCUUGAUCUGGGCUCUGGUGAUGAGAAGGUGAAAAAGGUUGACUGCAGGAAAUUCCUAACACCAGGCUACACCACAUCAGGACAUGUGGAACUCUUCACAGUCAGUGUGGAGAGGGGAAUGGCAUGGGAAGAAGCCACACAUGCCUGGGCAGAUCAGAGUGGUGCAGAUGAUGGUUUCUAUGUACAGAUGAGGAACAACAAGAAAACGGCCAUACUGGUUAAAGAGGUGAACAGUAAGAAGAGGCUGUUCCUGGUUUACAGGCCAAACACCGGAAGACAAGUCAAACUGGAGACGUACACAGACAUCAAGAAGAAGUUUAAAAAGGUGUUGUCAGAUGAUGCCAAGCAGCACUGGGAUGACCAGUACAAGUCUUCUGCACUAAUCUGCUCUCAUGCAUAUUGGCGCGGGAACUGUAAGAAAGCGUCAGUGGGUCUACAGUGUGAAGUUGGUCUUCGGUGUAGGACGUACUUUGUUCUGUGCGGCUCUGUGCUCAGUGUGUGGAACGAGCUGGAGGAAGUACUAACCCCUGUCAGUGGAACCAAUGUAAAGGUGCAGAUUGUUCGCCUCAGAACAGAAGAUGGACAGAGGAUAGUUGGACUGAUCAUUCCAGCAAACUGUGUGUCUCCAUUAAUUAACAAGCUGUCGACAUCGGACCAGUGCCAGCAGCUCGCUGUGCAGGAGCUGCAGAAGAGGCAGCAGCUCCAUCCUCAAAGUCUGAGUCACGCACCCAACACAUAGUUUGGGGUGGACCACUCGUCUUCAUGGGCGUCAAUCAUGUCUCCACCCCUCGAGUCCACAGCCCACUGUGAUGGGAUCUGACUCAGAUAAUGUCUAUCUCUGCACUGCAGGCUCCAGGACCGCUGUUCCUUGUUCUGCACCCUCACACCCCCUCCCUCACGUUCCCAUUGUCUCUGAGGGUCAGAGGUGUCGCACCGAGCCGUGGUGAUUCUCAGAUGUAAGAAGGGGUUGUACAGAAAAAAGAUUUCAGGGUUUUUUGGUUUCUUUUUUUUUUUUUUUUUUUUUAUCUCUCCAGAGACUCUUUUUUUCACCCAAAUAUUUAACAGGUGAUUUAUUGUCCUCUGACAUUCAGAGUGAGAAGAUAUGUGAUAUAUUGAUCCAGACAGAGUUUAAACCUAGAGGGCAUGUUGGCCUGUGGCUGUUAUUCACUGCUAACACAUGCUUUAAGCUGUUUAGUCCAGAUGACCUAGUUGGAGCAACAAAUUUCUUUCUUGGUCGAGACCAAGGCCAGCAUGUCUGACAACUUUGUGUCUUCAGAAAACAUGGCAUUUAAUGCUAAACCACUAUGCUAUAGUGAUGUGUGAUGAGAACUGGGUUCGUCGUUCUGCAGACAUUAUUCAGCUCUAAAGUAGGUAAGGUUUUGGUUCUUUUGAAGUAGGAAGUGGUUUAGACAUUUAGUCUAGUCAACUGCUUAAAGACCUGAUGUGUUCCAUCUUUCUGAUGCUCUGUAGCUGUUCUAUUUGCCCACGAGACAAAGACCAAAAUGUCCAAAACCAGUUUGUUUUGCUGUAUAUAUUUGUGUUGGAUUUCUGAUACAAAUUCCUUAGUUCCUUCUCUUCCAUUUUCAUAACUUGUUUCCCCUGUGUCUAUCAGCCAGGAGUUUGUCAGACGUGCAGUGUGUCAGUACAAACAGCUGCGGCAGUCGGGCACCUUUUACAAAGCACUCGCAAGGAAAGAGUUUUUUUUAGUGUCAGCUGUUCAUUUAUUUCUAUUUAUAGUGCAGGACGUUUGAGAAUAUUUCCCCAAAAAUAAUGUUUUUGAAACCUCUGAGGGUUGAGUUGAAUCAGACAGCAGCACAUUGCAUUCAUUUUUACAACGAAAAGGUCCAGAAUGAAUCUCCCGUUUACGAUAUAACCAGUAUGCAGACACAAAUUAAAAUGGAAUCACACUAAAAUGUGGUUUUAAGCAGAUAAAGGAUGUUUUUAACAUCACUGUCAAACAUUUAACAUAUAACUUCUCCUAUGAAGACACCAUUCAUAUUAGUACAACUGUCUUUUUGUUAUUUGGUUUAACACAAGUAUCCACUACACAUGGGUGUCCAUAGGAGGAGUUGUGUUGACAACUUAAAUAUACACUUGAAUCUGCCCAGUCAUUUUUUAAAAAUGUUUAUAUACUGCUUAUAAUUGUUAAGCGUGACCUAUUUGCUUUUAAUGAUAAGAUUUGUGCUGUCUUAACUGAAUCCAUAAAAAAUGUUUUCCUUGGUUUAAUGUUCCAAGUUGUUUUAAAAAAGAAAAACUUUGGUCUUCCCCCUGACUUUGCCUCAGUCAACUUGCUUCUGUUCUGGUCUUGUUGAUAUGUGGCUGGUCGCGCUGGAAUUCCAAUGAGAAACAAUAUUGUGCAAUAGCCAAGAAAUUCUGCGAAAUCCUUGAAAAAGACCCACCACUUUUUGUUUCUCAAACGGGUUUCAGAGCGACCACUGCUCUGUUCAGAGGCGUGUUUUCCUCUUCUACCUUUGCUUUAUUUAUUAUUUUUAAUGGAAAUCCGCUCAGGUGUUAAACUCAUACAAAGACCCUCAAAAAGAAAAGGAAAAACAAAGAAAAAUCUUAGGUUUUACUCUGUCUGAAAUGCAUGACUAUAACUCCAAGGAUCCCUCUACACCUCAACUCAGUAAUGUUACUGUGUGUCUCUGUCUUCAGCUGGAUUUACAACUCGUUAUCUUUGCACUACAACUUCCAUACCCUCCCACCUUAUGCCUCUGCUUUUUUGGACCCAGUUGUAAUUAAAAUCAAUGAUUGCUUCUGUUUAAUAGUGCACAUCUUUGCCUCCUCAUUCCUAUGUGGCAUUCUAUUCAAUCUGCACUGGUAGGGACAGACCAAAGUCUGGAUACAUCUGGUCUAAGAGAUGUAUUCUGUCACCGUAUGCUCGGACCACAGCAACUCGAACCCAUCCUCCACCUGUGGGUUAGCCACUCUUAUCAAGUGUAUCUUCUCUGAUGCAUUUAAAGACAAGUGAAAAAUCAAGGGAAAGGUACGAAAUUUGUUAAGUGAUCCAACUUGAAUUUCUUGAUGCAGCACAUCUCAACUGUUGGACAGUAUUGGCAGAGACCUCAAUGAAAACAUAAGCUCUGCUCCCUAUACCAUGAGAGCCCACCCUAUAAAUGAAUAUAUAUCCAAGCAAACAACUCAUGUUUUUAUUUAGUUUUUCGGUGUUCUGUACAUGGGCUGCUGAUGUGGUAAUGUUGUUUUUGGAUGCCGAAUAAUGUCAAGGCCCAUUGGUUCCUCUGAAGUUGAAACACUUGAAUAGUUUUUUUUUCCUCUUUUGAACUUUGCACGAGUUGCACUACUGACAAUAGUUGUACAAAAAUUCAACAUUACCUGUACAUGAAUGAGUGCGAUGCUCAAUAAAGCUCUGUAUACUUCUA